AGACUUGUAGAUAGAUAGACAUGUAGGUAGAUAGAUAGACAUGUAGGUAGAUAGACUUGUAGGUAGAUAGACUGAUAUGUAGGUAGAUAUGUAAGUAGAUAGAUACAUAUGUAGGUAGAUAGACAUGUAGGUAGAUAUGUAGGUGGGUAGAUAGAUAUGUAGGUAGGUAGAUAGAUAUGUAGAUAGAUAGAUAUGUAGGUAGAUAGACACGUAGGUAGAUAGACAUGUAGGUAGAUAGACUGAUAUGUAGGCAGAUAGGUAGAUAGACAUGUAGGUAGAUAGAUAUGUAGGAAGAUAGGCAGAUAGGUAGAUAGACAGACAUGUAGAUAGAUAGACAUGUAGGUAGAUAGAUAUUUAGGAAGAUAGGCAGAUAGGUAGAUAGAUAGACAUGUAGGUAGAUAGAUAUUUAGGAAGAUAGGCAGAUAGGUAGAUAGAUAGACAUGUAGGUAGAUAGAUAUUUAGGAAGAUAGGCAGAUAGGUAGAUAGAUAGACAUGUAGGUAGAUAGAUAUUUAGGAAGAUAGGCAGAUAGGUAGAUAGAUAGACAUGUAGAUAGAUAGACAUGUAGGUAGAUAGAUAUUUAGGAAGAUAGGAAGAUAGGUAGAUAGACAUGUAGGUAGAUAGAUAUUUAGGAAGAUAGGCAGAUAGGUAGAUAGACAUGGUGGUAGAUAGACUGAUAUGUAGGUAGGCUGAUAUGUAGACAGGUAGGUAGACAUGUGGGCAGAUUGAGAGGCAGAAAUAUAGAUAGGUAGAUAGAUCGACAUGUAGGUAAAUAGGCUGAUAUGUAGAUAGGCUGUAAGGUAGGUAGAUAAACAGGUUGAUCUAUAGGUAGAUAUGUAAGUAGGUAUGUAGGUAAAUAGGCAGAUAUGUAGAUAGACAGAUGUAGAUAGAUAGACAGGUAGAUAUGUAAGUAGAUAUGUUUAAAUUAGAUUAGAUUUAGAUAGAUUAGAUUUAGAUUAGAUAGAUUUAGAUUAGAUUAGAUAGAUUGUGUAUGCAUAUAAUGUUAAUAAUAUUAUAAUGUAAUACAACAUAAUAAUAAUACCCUAUUAUAAUGGUAUAUUUAUAUUAUAUGUAAUAUCUUCUAUAUAUAUAAAAAUGUAAUGUUCGUUUUACUAUGGAGUAAACCACUGAACCAAAUUUGGACACAAAAGACAUAGUCAUCCAAAAUAAUAAAUAAAUAAUAAUAAACUUUCUUCUUAUAUCCUGCCCCACCUCUCCAAAGGGACUCAAUUCAUUCAAACUCGCUCCGGAACCACCAUGUUUUCAAUUGUCUUUCAAUAAAAAAACCUAGAAAAAUAGUCCAAAUUUGCUUUGCGGAUAAUAAUAAUAAUAAUAAUAAUUUAUUUUAAUUUUAAUUUAUUACAUUUAUUACAUUUUAAUUUAUUACCAGCCUCUCCUGAUGACUCGAGACAGGGGAUAACAAAUUCAAGAAUGGAUGGAAAUAAGGAAAGAAAUAAAGUAACAAUCACCGAGGAAGAGACUUUGAACCGAGGAUCGAGGCCCCUUGCUUGCUUCUUUUGGAUCUGUCAGGAACCCAUCAGGACAGGCGUUGGAAAAGUUGCGCAAAGAGGAAAGAAAAGUACAAAUAAGUGGUUGGAGGACGUACGCCCAGGUCUGCCUCCCAAUGACGCCGCAUUGUGAGAAGGAAGACGUCCUGCCCAAGGUGAUGUUGGCGACCUAGUUGUGGACAUGAGAUGAGGUUCCGGCCACGCCAUGGAGCCCUUGAAGAACAUGUUCCGGAAGGCGACGCCGCCGACGUGGGGCUCCAGCCUCCGGGGUGGCGGUCCUGUGGCCUACGCCAACCCGGUCUGGACGGCGCUUUUUGACUACGAAGCGGCCAGCAGCGACGAGCUGACCCUGCGGAAAGGCGACCUGGUGGAGGUGCUGUCGUGGGACGCGGCCAUCUCGGGAGACGAGGGCUGGUGGGCCGGCAAGGUCAACAACCAAGUGGGCAUCUUCCCGUCCAACUACGUCUCGCCCAAGACGGCGGGGGGCUACGUGGGGCCCGAAGGACCGCCCGAGGCUGACUUCCGUGACCUGAGACUGGAGGAAGUCAUCGGGGUCGGGGGCUUCGGCAAGGUCUACCGGGGCACCUGGCGCGGGGAGCUGGUGGCGGUCAAGGCGGCCCGCCAGGACCCGGACGAGGACAUCGGCACCACGGCCGAGCACGUGCGCCAAGAGGCGAGGCUCUUCACCAUGCUGCAGCACCGCAACAUCAUCGCCCUCAAAGCCGUCUGCCUCCAGGAGCCAAACCUGUGCCUCGUGAUGGAGUACGCGGCCGGGGGGCCACUCAACCGGAUGCUGGCCGGCCGUAGGAUCCCGCCACACAUCCUCAUCAACUGGGCCGUCCAGGUUGCGCAGGGGAUGCAGUACCUCCAUUGCGGGGCCAUCGUGCCCGUCAUCCACCGCGACCUCAAGUCCAACAAUAUCUUGCUGGCGGAGUAUGUGGACGAUGGGGACGUCAGUGGGAAGACGCUGAAGAUCACGGACUUCGGCCUGGCCCGAGAGUGGCACAAGACCACCAAAAUGAGCACGGCCGGCACCUACGCCUGGAUGGCCCCCGAAGUCAUCAAGAGCUCCACUUUUUCACGGGGUAGCGAUGUCUGGAGUUACGGGGUCCUCCUCUGGGAACUUCUGACCGGCGAAGUCCCGUAUCGAGGCAUUGACGGCCUUGCAGUCGCCUACGGUGUUGCCGUGAACAAGCUGACGCUGCCUAUUCCAUCCACCUGCCCAGAGCCUUUCGCACGUCUCAUGGCAGAGUGCUGGGAACAAGAUCCCCACCGGCGCCCCAGUUUCGCCACCAUCCUUUCCCAGUUGACGGUGCUGGAGACGCAAGUCCUGCACGACCUGCCCCAGGAAUCCUUCCACUCGAUGCAGGACGACUGGAAAGUGGAGAUCCAGGACAUGUUCGACGAGCUGCGGGCCAAAGAGAAGGAGCUGCUGAGCCGCGAGGAGGAGCUGAAGCAGGCGGCGCUGAAGCAGAAGUCCCAGGAGGAGUUCCUGCGGCAGCGGGAGCACGAGCUGGCCCAGUGGGAGCUGGAGGUCUUCGAGCGGGAGCUGAGCCUCCUCAUCCAGCAGAUGAACCGGGACCGUCCGCACGUCAAGAAGCGCAAGGGCACCUUCAAGAGGAACAAGCUCAAGGGCCGCGACUCCGAGCGCAUCAGCAUGCCUUUGGAUUUCAAGCACCGCAUUACGGUGCAAGCGUCCCCCGGUUUGGACAAAAGGAAGGACAUCUUUGAGGUGGGGGCCGGCGGGUCACCUACUUUCCCCCGCUUUCGAGCCAUCCAGUUGGAGCCGAGCGAAAAUGACCAAAAUUGGGGCCGGCAGUCGCCCCGACGAGGAGGGGAGGAGACCUGGAACGGACGCACAAAGAGCCCGGGCUCCCCAAAACCAUGGGACGGCAUCACACAGAAUGGCAGGAGACGAUCGCGAUUGGAAGAAACUACGUGGUACAUGGAAGCGGAGGCACCGCCAGUCCCAGCACUGACCCAGACCCAACCCAGCCCAAACGGCUCCGUCCUUCUCCAAAGCCCGGAAGUGGAGGACCCGGCCCCGGAGCGCCCUCCACCGUCCUCCUCCUCCUCGGCCGCUCCACGACUCCUGCACCGGGCCUUGCUGCGGGGCAGUGCCCUCCUGGCCUCGCUGGGCUUGGGCCGAGAGCUGCCCUCCAGCUCCCAGGAGCCACCGUCUUCGAAGAAGGACACUCCUCCUCCGCCUCCGCCUCCUCCGGCUUUGCAAGUGGACGCCUGCCCAGAAGAGCCCCCCACUGACCUCCUCGUGGACCUGGACUCGCCUCCGCUUUGGGCCCAGACGUCGCCCAAGGUCCCCCGGCUCGUGGAGGGACGUGGUGGCAACAGCAAGGCCCACAAAUGGGACGGCGCCCUGCCUUCCCCGUCGUCCCCCCGGAGCCCCCGCUCCCCGCGCCCGUCUCCCCACGCCUCCCUCAUCUCCCGCCCACGCCCGUCUCCCGUCCGCAGCCGCAUCGACCCGUGGAGUUUCGUGUCCUCGGGGCCGCGGGCCUCUCCGGUGCCAUCCCCCCGCCUCCGGGCCCGCGAGGUCAGGGCCCCCCAAAGCGCCAACAACCCCUUCGACCCGUUUGCCGGCGACGGGGGCUUCUCGCCCGGCGACCCCUUCCGAUUUCCGCCCAAAGAGGAGCCCGGCUUGGCGGCCGCCCCGGCUUGGUGGCCCCCCAAGUGAAUGACUCCCGGGUGCGAAUUUGGUUGCGAUGGGGACGAGACUGAAAGGAAUGGGUUCCCGCCGUCAACGUCUUGCCACGA